UUGCUGUUCUUCUUCGUUGGUGCCCUGCAGAGGAAGUGUCCUCCAUGGUGUCAUUGUAGGGUUGUCGAGGUUGAAUUUAUAAAAAUCCACAAAAAUGACUGGCUACACACCAGACGAGAAGCUCCGUUUCGAGCAGAUAGUGAAGCUGCGGAGGCAGUGGCUGAAGGACCAGGAGCUCAGUCCGAGGGAGCCUGUGGUGACGCCGAAACCUUCCGGUCCGGUUGCUAAGUUUUGGGCUAAUUUUCUGGAGCCAAAGACCCUCUGGAGGCUUUACACCUACAAAGUAUACCAAGGUGGAGUUUUCACAUUAACAAGACUGCUGAUUCCUGCUUGGGUUGUCCACUAUUAUGUGAAAUACCAUGUUGCUAAAAAACCCUACAGCAUUGUGGAACUAAAACCCAGACUGUUUCCUGGUGACACCAUUCUGGAGACCGGGGAAGUUGUUCCAGAUCUCCCUGAGACUCAUGGCCAUCAUUAAAGUCAAAACUAUUUCAGUUAUUGUCUUUGACUUCUGUUGUAAAAAUUAUGUAAAUUCCCUUACAGUAUCAUUAAAGGAUGAACAUUUGACACCA